AUGCUAGCUGCACGAGCUUUAACUUGCGAUUGCAUUUUCAACAAAGAAACUACAUUAUUCGCGACGUUUCGGAUGUUCACACACCCAAAUUCAAGCAAUCAAAAACCUAAUCGAGGAUUAAAAAAUUCGAACUCUUAUAAACAAUGCCAAAGGAAUCUCCUGAAGGAAGAAAUUCAUCAAAAGACAUCCCGAAUCCACGUGUUGGAAAAUGGAUUUGAUUUACUCCAUUCGUGUUUGAAAGAAAGAUUGAGUGUCAUUGACCUUGCACACGUUUGUUCGAUUUUUCUUGGAAGUAACGACCGUAUUCUUAAAAAGCAGGAAUUAAUUCAAGAUAAGAAGAUUGCGAACUUGAAAAGAUUAAAACCACCUACUAAUGAUGUUGACACUGUUAUUUUUAAUUUUUCAAAACAUAUCUUAACUGAUUUUGAGAAGUCGUUGCUUGUGAAAGGUUUAAAUUUUUCUGUACCUCCUCAGUCUCUUAAUUAUGGUGACUAUCUCGUGAAUUAUGAAACUCUUUUCAGGGAUAUACGGGGUAUCAAUUUACUUAAUAAUGAGGAUCUUGACUUCGUCAAAACGAGGAUUAAAGAUGUGGCAUUAUCUACUUAUCGUUCUUAUAACGAUAAAGGUGAGUAUAGUAACUUGAGUGAUUAUGAAUCACAAGCCUUAUUGUCUUUAUCCCGAAAUAGCAGUGUCGUUGUACAAAAAUCCGAUAAAGGUAAUUCUGUUGUUUUAGUUGACAAAGACAUCUACAACAACAGAAUGGAAGAAAUUCUAUCUGACAGUAGCAAAUUUAGAAAGCUCAGUCUACCAUCUGAUAAGCUUUUGAAUUUUACCAUUGGUCAAGAGAGAAAGAUUACCAAUGUUUAUAAGGCUCUCUUAAAAUCUGGCGGGCUGAGUGAAGCCAAUUACAAUAAAUUUCGCCCUGUAGGCUCUAAACCUGGUAUACUUUAUGGGCUUUGCAAGGUCCAUAAAAAGUGUAUUAAUGGAUGUCCACCCUUUAGACCUAUCUUAUCUGCUAUUGGUAUACCGGUCUAUAAUUUAGCUAAGUUUUUUGUCCCUGUGUUAUCUAAUGUCACGAAAAACGAAUAUACAGUUCAUGACUCAUUCUCCUUUGCCGAAGACAUCAUUCAACAAGAUGGCAGUCUCUAUAUGGCCAGCCUUGACAUUGACUCUUUAUUUACCAACAUUCCGUUAAAUGAAACGAUAGAAAUAUGUACCAACCUGGUCUUUGAUCAAUGUGAUAGGUGUCAAGGUCUAACUAGAAGUGAGUUUAAAUCUCUUUUAGAGCUAGCUACCAAGGAGUCAUAUUUCAUUUUUAAUGACAAACUUUAUCAACAAAUUGAUGGAGUGGCUAUGGGUUCACCCUUAGGCCCCACAUUUGCUAAUGCUUUUUGUGCUAUCAUGAACAAAACUGGUUGA